CGGAGUAGGGAGGCGGGGCCAGCUCAGGCAGAGCGCGAAGAAUCGAAGGGGCCUCAAUCGCUGGCUUGGUGUUGGCUUUAACGGCGGGGACCUUGAGGGGUAGCAGCGCCAAGGGUCCCGCUCGCCACCGGACAGCACGAGGCCAUGGCGGCUGAGCUUAAUUCAGAAGCAGAGGAUCUGAAAUCUGACUUGCAGAAAACCUUUGACAGUGAUUCUGACAGUGGACAGGGCAGCUGUGAAACAAGCUCUCCAAGUCAAUCCAACAAGGGAACUGCAUCUCUUGGUGACAUAGAUUCAGAUGAGGAGAUCUUUGUGAGUAAAAAAUCAAAAAGCAAGAACGUGCUUCAGGACAGUGAGAGUGAGGGCGAAGAGGAAGGCAUUUUUCCUGAGAAGACUGACAUUGUGGAUGGAGAUGUGGAAAGCGGGGAGGAAAACGAGAAUAAUUUUGCCCAGAAGAACAAAAAAUCUCAUCGGAUUCGCCAAGCUCUGCGGGACAGUGAUGAGAGUGACACAGGUGAUCCAUUGCAUCCUGGAAACCUUGAAAUAGAUGUGAAGUCCGAAUUGACUAAGGAUGAGUUUGGCUCACAAGUGAGGAAACCUGUGGAGAUGUCCGUGAAAUCUCGGAAAAAAUACAAAAAACAUAAAAGUGAUUUUGAGAAAGAAACAGACAAAGUGAUAGGCAAAUCAAGAAGGAAGACGGAAAAAGAGAGAAAAAUAGAGGCUGUUAGACAGCUGAAGAAGGAAAAGAAAUACAAACAGGAGAAGGAUGGCGGUGAAAGAUACCAUUUUAAUGAUAGUGGGUGUCUUCUUGCUGACAAAGAACUCUUUGAGAAUGAUUUAGAGGAGGAAAAUGAUCCCCUUCUUGAAGAUGAAGAGUCACUAGAAUCAAUAAGAGCUGCUGUGAAAGACAAAAUGAAAAAACAUAAGAGUAAAGAUCUGUUUUCUGAGAGUGAAGACUACAAAUGUGUAUUUGAUGAUGAUAGUGAGGAACCUACAUUAAAAGGACCUAAAAGAAAGGAACGGAAGGCAGCAAGAUUAAGUAAAGAAGCCAUUAAACGACUGCAUAGUGAGACCCAGCGACUUGUUAGAGAAUCCUCUCUGUCUCUCCCGUAUCAUAUGCCUGAGACCAAAACCAUCCAUGAGUUCUUCAAGCGUAGAUCUCGACCAACAUUGCAGGGAAAUGCUAUGGCAUUGCUGAAAACUAAAUAUCAGCCCUGUCUAAAUGAAGAAAGUGCAGCCACUAAGAACUCCGCUGUAAAUUGCAGCAAUAAUCAGACUGAAGAGGCUGAUCAGCCGGCAGCCAGGGAACUGGAAAUGGGGUUUAACAAGGAUCCUGGUGUUACCACUGUGGACAAACCGUCCCGUGAUGUAGUAGAGAACUUGAUAGAAAACUGUGCUGAGAAGCACAGAGAAGAUGGUGCUUCCGAUGUUUGCGAGAGACCUACAACUGCUGGUAAUUCAGAAGAGCAGCAGCAGUCUAGCCUACUCCGUAACGAAUGCAGUGAACAAAUGGAGAGUGAAAUUCCCUUGGCAUCUGAAGAAUGUGCCUAUGUACAAAGAGAGGACCAGUCACAGAAAAUAGGUGUAGAACAUGAAGAAUCUGUUCAACAGGUGGUACCAGUGGUGGAGAUUCAGCCUGAAAAAGUAAGGAAGUCUAAACUGGAUAAACUUCGGGAGCUGGGAGUAGAUCUAUCCAUCAAGCCAAGACUUUACUCUGAUAGUGAUUCCUUUAUUAUCCUUGAUGAACCUGAAUCAAACAAAGAACUGGAAGCUCUGAAAGCGCGUUUCUUGAAGCAUACACUUCACACCGCCAAGUUAAAAACUGAACGGACUGUGAACUUGAGCAUUAUUCGUAAAGAGACCACUGCUGAGGGAAAAGAGGAGCUAAAAGUAGCCAUGGUGCCGGUGACUUUGGCUGCAGAAAAUCUAGAUGAUACAGUCCCUGCAAAGCCAGGUGAAAAGCUACAAGUGCUGAAGGCUAAACUACAGGAGGCCAUGAAACUCCGCAGGAUUGAGGAACGCCAGAAGCGGCAAGCACUGCUUAAACUGGAUAAUGAGGACAUGUUUGAGGAGGAGGAAGAAGAGGAGGAAGAAAUGACAGACGAGUCUGAGGAAGAGGAAUGUAACCCGGAGACUGUAGAGUUCCUUCUUGGUGAGGCCGAAGAAGAUGAUGAGGAGCUGGAAGAGAAGGGUAUUGAAGAUGGCGAUAAAGAAACUGACAAAGAAUCAGUUGAUGAGGAAAGGGUGGACAAGUCUGUGCAUUGUGACUCUGUUCCCAAACCUUCCUCAACAGAGUCUACAUUGAUGCUGUUCAAGGACAACUCCUCCAAAAUGGGAUAUUCUCUUCCUGAUGAAAAAGCUGAGUUGGAGGAAGCUCCAGGCAAAAGACCUACCAAGUUAGAAGACGACGAUUCGUUUUCACUGCCAACUUCCGCAAAAGAGGGCAGCCACAACAGCAGCUUUGAGUUGAUUGGCUCCAUGAUUCCAUCAUACCAGCCUUGUAACAAACAGAUGGCACGUGGGACCAAUUUUCUAUCUGCAGUAGGAGGUUUCAGGUCUUCCUCUCCAGCCUUGUUCAAAGCAAGCUUUAUCAGCUCUGCUUCCAAGAGUUCAGGAAAGAUGUCUGAGCCCUCUCUUCCCAUAGAGGAUUCCCAGGAUCUGUACAAUGCCUCUCCUGAGCCCAAGAGUUUAUUUCCGGGAGCUGGAGAGUCUCAGUUUCAGUUUUCUCUGGAAGAUGAUACUCAGAGCCAACUUCUUGAUGCUGAUGGGUUCUUGAAUGUUGGGCACCACAGGAAUAAGUACCAGUCCUCAAAGCAUCAGCUGUCUCUGGCUAGUAUGGAUGAGAAUGCAAUGGAUGCCAACAUGGACGAGUUGUUGGACUUGUGUUCUGGGCAGUUCAGCAGUCAGGCUGAGCACACUCCAAAUGCUAAUACUGGCAAAAAACAAAACAUGGAAGAACUGCUCAAUCUCUGUUCAGGGAAAUUCAUCUCUCAGACAACAUCUCCAAUCUGGGCAUCUUCAGCAUCCUCUAAGCCAGAAAAAGAGAGUGACACAGAUGAUCCAAUGGCAGAAGCACUAGCACUUUGUUCAGGCUCCUUCCCAACUGACAGGGAAGGGGAAGAUGAUGAGCAGGAGGAAGAAUUUGGCAAUUUUCAGCUCGUAACAGAUGAUCAUGCCUUUGAUAGCGAGGAGGAUGAAAAAAGUGAAAGCGCUGAGAGAAGCGAAGAUGAAGCAGAAGUUAGUGAUGAUGAAGAGGAGCUGUUGAGACAAAGACAGGGCUUAAAGAAAAAAUUAAAACUGCAGGAUUUCUUGGAAGAUGAGGCAGAGCUGUCGGGGAGUGAAGUAGGAAGUGAGGAUGAAUAUGAUGGUGAAGAGCUGGAUGAAUAUGAAGAAGAGAUUCUUGAUGAAGAACUCCCUACCGAAGUGGAACUACAGGAUCAAAUUAACAAAAUACACAUGAAGGCGAUGCUUGAUGAUGAUAAGCGUCAGUUACGCUUGUACCAAGAAAGAUAUCUUGCUGAUGGAGACCUGCACAGUGAUGGUCCUGGGCGAAUGAGAAAAUUCAAAUGGAAAAACAUAGAUGAUGCUUCCCAGAUGGACUUGUUUCACAGAGACUCUGAUAAUGAUGAUGAGAAUGAAGAACAGCUUGAUGAGACAGAGACAAAAUGGAGAAAGGAGCGAUUUGAACGAGAGCAGUGGCUCCGUGAGCAGAUAGAGAAAGGAAAAAAUGAAGGGGAGGAGGAGGAAGAAAUUGGUGAAAAUAGUCUGUUCAUGAAACUAGCAAAGAAGGUGACUGCUAAGUCCUUGCAGAAGAAAGCAAACCCUGUAGCAGCUGUACAGGAAACAAAAUCACUACCAAGAAAUCCCUUUGAAACAUUCAGACCUACCAGCGAUCUUCAGCUAAAGAAUGGAUCACUUCUGAACAGACCUAAAGCUGUCCUUCAGAAGCUUGCAGCCAUGUCAGACCUUAAUCCAAAUGCUCCCCGAAACUCACGAAACUUCGUCUUCCACACACUUUCGCCAGUCAAGAGUGAAGAGGCAAAGGAGAAAUCAAAACCCCAGGCAAAGAAAAGAGGUCCUACAGUGAUGGUAACACCUUCACCCAAACGGCCCAGGACUGAUGAUGCUGCAACACAAGGGAACCAGAGCCGAAGCAUAUUCCGAUACUUGGAGAGCUGAAUGUUUGUUUGGGGACAGAAAUUGCAUCAUGUCUUGUUGCCAGUCGCAGUAUAUGCUUUGCAAAUCUCUAGCUUAAAGCACCAAUGGAAAACUGUUUCUCUUUUGCCUGGAUUCUUACCUGUGUCCGUGCUGCCAGAUAAGUCUUUGUCUCUUCCACAAGGUCUUUCCCAGUAUUCCAGGACAACCAGCAAAACCUAAAAAAGUCCAUGCUUUGGAUGGGCAGAGACUGAGUUAAUACUUCAUGCCAAAGCGUUAUUGAAAUUACACUACAGGAUGCAGAUCUUGUGGAGAACAACUCCUCAAAUGUGUUAACUCCGUGCCCCUUCCUCCUGACAGUUCUGUUAGUGAAGUAGUCUGUUUUUAGUAUAGCUGUACCACCUCUGUAUUGUGGAGGACUGAUAUAUGAAGGACCGAGGGCUGCAUCAUUGGGAGGUGUGUCCAGAACAGCAAUGGUUUGCAUACACUGUUUACAAUUGCAGUAAUAAGGUAUUUCUAUCUUCCUUUGAGACCUACUGCCUUCUCUAAUGCUGACCAUAUAGACUUGAUAUCCCCAAAGGGUCUGGUUUACAUUUUAAAUACUUAUUUUUUUUUUUUUUUUUAAAGUUAACCCUCCUUCAUUUCUAGAACAGCAGUGUAGCUUUUCUCCCCCAACUAGUUACCUUUUACCGCCAAACUUCACAUACAUGUAGGCAUGAUGGAAUGAUGUGUAUGUGAAGAGGUUCUUUUACACAAAUGAAGACUUAUUUUUUUUAAAUUGCCUGUUGUUUUGGACCAAGGUGCCAUCUUCCCUGAGAAUUCACCCUUUGUAGUUGUCACGUAGUGCAGACAGAAAUAUAAAGCCACCUUUAGAAUGAAGCAACAAGAUUUUAUACUAGCGAAGAACCACUAUUCCCAACUAGCCUAAAGUCUGAGGCAGGAACAGAAACUUGGAAGAUCAGUAAGUAUGUAGAACGUGCACCUGGCUAUAUUGUGAAUUUGUGAAGCUAAAACUUAUUGUAAUAUACAGGCUAAUUCUUAAAGACUCCACAUGUUUCUAUGGCUCGAUUUGAAAUGCUCAAGAUGCUGACUUGAUCACAGAAGAAUCCUGAGUUGUACAUUUUGUAAUUUCAUAAGCACACUUUGGUGUGUUGGUGGUGUAAAAUAUUUUAAUGUAUAUUGUGUUUAUAAGGAACUAUGGUACUAUUGGAGUGCAAUUUUACAAUAAACGUGUGUUUGUUUUUAA